ACUGUUUCUCAUAGUGUCCAUUUCACUUCAACAAGUUUCCCCUUUGGUGCUUAGUUAGUUGUUGCCAAUCAGGGAGAACAUAUAUUUGUCCCUUUGGGACUGGCUUAAUUCACUCAGCAUGAUGUUUUCCAGAUUCCUCCAUCUUGUUGCAAAUGACCGGGUUUCAUUGUUUUUGAUUGCUGUAUAGUAUUCUAUAGAGUACAUGUCCCAUAAUUUCUUUAUCCUGUCUACUGUUGAUGGGCAUUUGGGUUGGUUCCAGGUCUUAGCUAUUGUGAAUUGAGCUGCAAUAAAUAUUAAUGUGCAGACAGCUUUUUUGUUUGCCAAUUUCAUUUCCUUUGGGUAAAUUCCAAGGAGUGGUAUGGCUGGGUUGAAUGAUCUUGGUGACCUAGAGAAACAGUUCCCAGGAUGGAAAACAGAUGUCAUCUUGGCUGCUGUCAUUCUGGCCCCUGACAGCUGUGUCCUCCUUGUUUUUGGGGGCCUCAGUUAUCCCAGCUGUGUUCUGAGGGCAGAGAUGCCUGCCUUCUGGGUACCCAGAGAUUAGGACAUGGUGCUUAUAAUGUACUUGGAUAUGCAAGUACCACAUAAUAUUGACCUUCCUGUCUAUGUGACCUUGGGGAUAUUCUCUAAAAACAGGACCUGACACACUGAGAGUCCACAAUCACUGUCACCAAGUGUAAUCUGUAAUCUGUAAUCUGUGUUGAUCUCUGAGAUCUGUCAUCAGGCAAAUUACAGUCCUGGUCUGAGAUGAAGUGAUGAUGGAAUCUUAGCAUCCACACCUUCAUACCCUUAGAGAAGUCUCUCCCCUCAUAUAGACAUGGCACAUUCACUCUCACACGUGAAAGGAACUCACUCAAGGUCACCCAGAAAAUCAGUGGCUAAGGCAAGACUUCUGUGCAGUUCUCCUGAGGUUGUCCCACAAAGACGUCAUUGCUGACCUGAUGCAGUCCCUAAAUGUCUGCCACAUUGGGGACUUCUCCUGGUUUACGGAGGCUUUCCAUGGUCUAAAACAUGGUCACCCUGCAUUCCAUGUAAAGGUGAGGCCAGAUCCGGGGAGUGUAGGAAACGCCAUGUUCCAGGCAGGGCAGUGUAUAGGCAGCCUCCUCUCCUGGGUCAGGGCAUCCAACAGCUCUUGGAAGAAGAAUGGUGCUGAGGCAUUCUCACCCUGCAUGGUACUGGGAGACUUUAUUGUGUUCUGGGCACCCAUCUAGAUUCCUCAGGUAAUCCCCACCUGUUCCAGUGUCUUGAGUCUUGUGACAGUAAAUCCAUUUACAGCUUUGAGCCUCCCAGUCCAAGGUUCUGCCCCAGGAAACACUUUGGUCACAUAUGGUUCUACUCAGUGAUACUGUCCUCCCCAGGUGCUCUCAAACCACAACUGAGGAUUCUUCACUGAUUCCAGGGCUCAAUGUCCGGGAGAAUGUAUCUCUCAAAAUUUCUGAAGACUGCCUUUACCUAAAUGUUUACACUCCCAACUUGAUGAAGAAAAGCAGGCUGCCGGUGAUGGUGUGGAUCCACGGAGGUGGUCUGUUGACGGGUGCGGCGUCCAACUGUGAUGGCCUGGCCAUCUCUGCCUAUGAAAACGUGGUGGUGGUGACCAUUCAGUACCGCUUGGGCAUCUGGGGAUUCUUCAGCACAGGAGAUGAACAUGGCCGAGGGAACUGGGGUCACUUGGACCAGGUGGCUGCACUGCGUUGGGUCCAGGACAACAUUGCCAACUUUGGAGGGAACCCACACUCUGUGACCAUCUUUGGAGAGUCAGCAGGAGGUCAAAGUGUCUCCGUUCUUGUUUUAUCUCCUCUGGCCAAGAACCUCUUCCAUCGAGCCAUUUCUGAGAGUGGUGUGGCCCUCACUCCUUGCCUCUUCAAGAAGGAUGUCAAGCCCUUGGCAGAGCAAAUUGCUAUCACCGCUGGUUGUGAAACCACCACCUCGGCUGUCAUGAUCCACUGCCUGCGCCAGAAGACAGAGAAAGAACUCUUGGAGGUAACACAGAAAAUGAAAUUUUUCACUCUUGAUUUGGUUGGAGACCCCACACAGAGCUACCCCUUUCCACUCACUGUGGUUGAUGGGGUGCUGUUGCCAAAGGCGCCUGAAGAGAUUCUGGCAGACAAGAGAUUCAACAGGGUCCCCUACAUUGUGGGAAUCAACAAGCAAGAGUUCGGCUGGCUCCUUCCAACGAUGAUGGGCUAUCCACUCUCUGAAGGGAAGCUGGACCAGAAGACGGCCACAGAACUCUUGUGGAAAUCCUACCCCAUUGUUAACAUCUCUAAAGAACUGACUCCAGUGGCCAUUGAGAAGUAUUUAGGAGCAACAGAUGACCCUGUUAAAAAGAAAGACUUGUUCCUGGACUUGAUUGGAGAUGUGUUAUUUGGUGUCCCCUCUGUCAUUGUGGCCCGUCACCACAGAGAUGCUAGAGCCCCCACCUACAUGUAUGAGUUUCAGUAUCAUCCGAGCUUCUCAUCAGAUAUGAAACCUGUGACGGUGAUGGGAGAUCAUGGGGAUGAGCUCUACUCUGUCUUUGGGAUUCCACUUUUCACAGAGGGUGUCUCAGAAGAGGAGAUCCAACUGAGCAAGAUGAUGAUGAAAUUCUGGGCCAACUUUGCUCGGAAUGGAAACCCCAAUGGAAAGGGGCUUCCUCACUGGCCAGCAUACGACCACAAGGAAGGAUACCUGCAGAUUGGAGCUGCCACCCAGGAAGCCCAGAAGCUGAAAGACAAGGAAGUGGCCUUCUGGACUGAGCUCAGCGCCUAAGAGCCAGUGAAGUCACAGCAGACAGAAAACACUGAGCUGUGAAUGGGAGGAGCUGACAUGAGGACCCUGGAGGAGCCGAGACAGGCAUAUUCUGCAGCAGGUGUCUGUAGGCCCAAGAGGCAUUUACUGUGAAAUCUGGGAAAUUGUCUGGUGGGGGGUAUGGAGAGGGCAGAAGCCAGGAAAGGGGACGCAGGUACUUUUGGUCUUAAUUUGUGGAAUAAAGGGGCUUUGGGAGAUCGAAUCAGUGUCUGCGUCUUCAUCUGGAACUUAAUCCAUCUUCCUCAGAGACAGAAGGAUGAAAAGAGGAACCAUCAUUAGGAUUGUGCCCCUUCCACGGAUGGCUAGGCCUCUGGGUGAAGAGUCUAGUAUGCUGGGCUCUUGGGUGUCCUAAGGGGGAUCCUGGAGCUGCCCCAUAUUUCUGGGUCCUGAAAACUUACAAUAGGAUCUAGUAUGGUCAGAGUGGAUUGUCCCUCACCUCAAUUUGGAGCUUCCUUUGGAGAGGGAGGUGUCAUAGGCUGGGAAUGCACCUGGAAGGUGAAGAGGGAGAGGCUGCAUGGUGAUCCUGUGGCAAUGUUGCAUGGCUUCUGCUGACAUAGGCCAGCUCUUCAAUACCUUCCCCAAUAUCCACAGUGGCCUUCCAGGCCCCUCCCUUGGGCUGUCUCCCAACAGCUCUUCUGAAUCCUUUCUGUAGCCUGAACCACCUCAGGUCCAGUUAAUGACAAUCUUGGAAUGAAUCUCUGAAGUGCCAUUCCGUUUUUCAGAAUCUCAAGGGUGGUUUCUAGAUUCUGCUGAUGUGAAAAGCUCUAACGUGUAUCUUUCCCAACUUUAUUACAAAGGAAAAGUGAAUUAUCCUCAAAAUCAUAACUUUUCCUAUACCAGUCAACCACCUAGUUUGCAAGGCAAAUGAUGAUCUGAAUUCUAAGGGAAGUCAUGCACUUUUGAGAGGAGGGAGUAUGAGAGCAUUGGCUUACCUUCCACUUACAGGUAGAACAUGGGGCUAUCACAUACAGGAGUAGAAUUACUUUAACAGUGAGAUCAAGUGCGAAGGCCCAAAUGUGGGCUAGUGUGGGAAUAAAACAUUCCUGGG